AUGGAGCUCUCGCUCGGGCUCCUUCUCCUCUGGGCUCUCCUUCCUCCCGAGGCGCACGGCAAAGAAGUGGAUCUACUUGACACAAGCACUGCACAGGGUGAACUGGGCUGGCUUCCCGACCCUCCGGAAGUAGGGUGGAGUGAAGUGCAGCAGAUGAUAAAUGGUACCCCGAUCUACAUGUACCAGGACUGCAGUGUGCUUUCCGAGGGUGACACUGAUCACUGGCUUCGCACCAACUGGAUUUAUCGGGGUGAGGCAGCCUCACGUGUUUAUGUGGAGCUAAAGUUUACGGUGAGGGACUGCAAGAGCUUCAAAGGUGAGGUGGUGACCUGCAAAGAGACCUUCAAUCUCUAUUAUAUGGAGUCUGAACAAGAUGUUGGGAUCCAGUUUCGCCGCCCGCUGUUCACCAAGCUCAACACUGUGGCAGCAGAUCGAAGUUUCACAAGCAGAGACAUCGAGUCGGGGGCCAUGCAGCUGAACACAGAAGUGUGCCCCAUUGGGAAGCUCUCUCGCCGGGGCUUCUACCUGGCUUUCCAGAACUCUGGGGCUUGUGUAGCGAUGGUGUCUGUCCGAGUGUAUUACAAGACUUGCCCGGAGGCGGUGCGGGGCCUGGCCCGCUUUCCAGAGACGCUGGCAGGGUCAGAGGGGCUGACAGAAGUGCCCGGAGUGUGUGUGGAGUACGCAGCUGAAGAAGUGGGCUCUCCCCCAAGGAUGCACUGCAGCACUGACGGGGAGUGGCUGGUACCAGUGGGCCGAUGCCUUUGUGCUGUGGGGUUUGAGGAAGUUGAUGGGAGCUGCGUAGCCUGCCAGCGAGGGUUCUACCGCCACUCCCUGGAUGCUAAACGCUGCCUGAAGUGUCCCCCCAAUAGCUUGUCCAACGAGUCAGGGGCCACAUCUUGUCCCUGCAAUGCAGGCUUCUACCGAGCGCCUUCGGAGGGCCAGAACAUUGCUUGCACCCGCCCACCCUCGGCUCCCCACAAUGUCAGCUUCUCCCUCCUCGGCACCCAGCUGAGUCUGUGGUGGCAGCCGCCCAGUGACCACGGUGGGAGGAAGGACCUGACUUACACAGUCUUCUGCCAGCGCUGCCAGUUCCUGUCCUGUGAGCCCUGUGAGGCUGGUGUGGUGUUCUCCCCCAGUGCCUCUGGUCUCACGAAACCUGCAGUGGACGUGGAUGGCCUAGAAGCUUACACCAAUUACACAUUCACUGUGGAAGCCCAUAACGGUGUCUCAGGAAUGGGUCCUGCUCCACAGAGAACUGCUCCAGCUGUCUGGGUCUCAGUUGGACAUGCAGCUCCAGUGACAGUAUCCCAGUUUAUUCUGACACAGAGAGAUGACAGUAGUCUUUCUGUUUCUUGGCUUGCCCCAUGGCAACGCAGCCGGACUUCAGUGGAGUAUGAGGUCAUGUUCUUUGAGAAGGGGGAGGAGGCACGUUACACAGUGAAGCACCUUCUUGAGCCGAAUGUCACUCUGCGAGACCUGCAGCCAGACACAGCCUACCUGCUCCGUGUGAGAUCCAUCACACCACUGGGGCCUGGGCCCUACUCCCCGGAGCAGGAAUUUCGCACCCUUCCACCAGACACUGGAGCUCUGUCUGGUGGAGUCAUAGUCUCUAUGAUCUUUGGAGUUCUCCUAUUUAUUGGUCUAAUUGUGGGAUUUUUCAUGUUUCAGCGAAAGAGGGCUCAUCGGAGACAUGCACGGUCAGAUUACAAUACUUCGGGCUUUGAGCGAGAGAAGGUCUGGUUAAAACCCUAUGUAGACUUGCAACCAUAUGAUGACCCCAGCAGAGGUGUGCUGGAAUUCAUGAAGGAACUGGAUGUCUCUUGUGUCACUAUGGAGAAUGUGAUUGGAGAGGGGGAGUUUGGGGAGGUCUAUCGUGGGUCCCUGCGACUCCCGGGGAAAGAACGUAUUGUAGUUGCCAUCAAGACUCUGAAGUCAACAUAUUCAGACUCACAGUGGUGGAACUUUCUGCGUGAAGCAACAAUUAUGGGGCAGUUCAAUCACCCAAACAUUGUGCAUCUGGAGGGAGUUGUCACCAAAAGGAGGCCAAUGAUGAUCAUCACUGAAUAUAUGGAAAAUGGAGCACUGGAUACCUUCCUCCGGGAGAAUGAGGAAAAAUUUAGCCCUGUGCAGCUUGUGAGCAUGCUGCAGGGAAUAGCUUCUGGCAUGACCUACCUUUCAGAACACAAUUACGUGCACCGGGAUCUGGCUGCUCGCAACAUCCUGGUCACACGCAGUCUCCAAUGCAAGGUGUCUGACUUCGGUCUCUCCCGAAUUUUGGAGAAUGAUGCAGAAGGAACCUAUGAAACCAAGGGUGGUAAGAUUCCUAUCCGAUGGACAGCCCCAGAGGCCAUUGCUCAUCGCAUUUUCACCUCAGCCAGUGAUGUCUGGAGCUUUGGAAUCGUCAUGUGGGAGGUGCUGUCAUUUGGUGACAAACCAUAUGGGCACAUGACCAAUCAAGAGGUGAUGAAAAGCUUAGAGGAUGGGUACCGGCUCCCCCCGCCUGUGGAUUGCCCAUCUAUCCUCUAUGAACUCAUGAAGAGUUGCUGGUCACAUGAUCGGAUGAGGCGGCCUCAUUUUCAGGAAAUCCGGGCACAGCUGCAGCAUUUCAUCUCAAGUCCCCAGCUCCUCCGGCCUGUUGCAGACUUUGAUCCCAGGGUAACACUCCGUCUCCCCAGCUGCAGUGGAUCUGAUGGCAUCCCCUACCGAUCCAUCCCCGAGUGGCUAGAAUCCAUUCGCAUGAAGCGCUACAUCUCCAACUUCCGCACUGCUGGCCUGGACACCAUGGAGUCCAUUCUGGAGCUCACUGCUGAGGACUUGAAACAGAUGGGAGUGUCACUUCCAGGCCACCAGAAGAGGAUCUUGUGCAGCAUCCAAGGCUUUAAGGAAUGAUCAGUCAUUGCAUUCUUAAGCUUGAAAAAUGCCCAUCCUUACCAGAUAUCACUUGGAAUCAUUCCUAUGGCAAUUGCUUCCAAAUGAGUGACUGGACAAGCAAAGCAAAACAAGCAGAACUGAAAAAGCUCAUGAGGCAACACCACCUGCUCUCAUUUCUGUUCCCCCUUGCUUUAGCUCUACAGCAGCCAUCAACGUUUCAGAGCACUGGUCUUAGAAAAUAUUCUGUUUUCUGCAGUCUACUUUGUGCAGCACUAAGUAGGCCCCGUAGUCUUCAUACUGGACUUUCAGACCCUCAGUAUAUCACAUGGAAUACGAAGUGGGUGGAAAAUGGUGGAUAAUGUUUUAAGAUUGGAGAUGAGGGUUCAAGAUAGACUGGCAUACAUUCCUUCUCACUUCAGCACCCUUCUAUCUUUCUUAUUUUGCAUCAGGAACAAACUAUUCAGUCUUCACAAGGCUGCUGGUAAUGCAUAUAUUUUUUAACUCAGCUAUUCUUGCCACGAACACCACCCUGUGGUGUACCUCUUUGGAGGAGAAACUGGGAGUAGAAGCACACCCCGCUGUAACUUGUGCGAUCACAUCACCUUAGUGUGUUGCUGUUUUGCACAUGCACACUUCAGUGGGGAGAUUUACAUCUCUCCAAACUGCUUAAUACCUUUUCUUAUGCUGUGGACAGAAAACCCUAUAUGUAUCCAUUUUUCUCUGCCCCUUUUUAAAAGAGACAAUAGUCCUGUUUGGCUGGAAUAGGGUAUUUGUAACAGAAAAAUGUGUAGGUGGUCUGUCUUAUUCCUUCUCUGUGGAGGAAAUGUUAUUAUUUAUCAGAUCUUAAGACAGUUAUAGUCUGUAAAUAAUAUUUUGUAAAUAAACCUGUGGCAGAGCA